AUGGCCAGCCAAUCACAUAGCGCUAACAUAUUCCAAUGCGGGACUGUCUCGGGCUAUUUUUAUCAUACAUACCUUUACGGUAGCACAAGUUCGAUAACUAGAAUUUUUUUUAAUUCUACCUGGACCGGUUUGUGGAUAAAGUAAAGUUGGAACCUGUACACAAUGAACGUGGAUCCAGCAUUUCGAAGUGUCCAGAAAGGCAGGUCUGGGUUCUACAUAUGGAGGAUAGAAGACAUGAAAGUAGUGGCUGUUCCACGGGAGCAGUACGGCAGUUUCUACAAAGGUGACUCCUACAUCAUCCUCUCUUUAUCAGAAGAGGGAGACCUGAAGGGUGUUAACAUCAAGAUUAAGGAAAUUAAGGGUAGCCUAGAUGCUAACAUUCACUUCUGGCUGGGAUCCGAGACAACACAGGAUGAAGCCGGUGUGGCAGCAUACAAGACUGUAGAACUGGAUGAUUACCUGGGAGGGGCACCUGUUCAACACCGAGAGGUCGAAGGUCAUGAAUCCAAAGGCUUCCUCAAUUACUUCAAGUCUAAAGGAGGAGUCAGGUAUGCUGAUGGAGGCCACAAGUCCGGGUUUAACCAUGUGGAACACACAUUUAAGCAGAGGCUUUUACAUGUCAAAGGAAAACACCAUGUCAGAGUAUCAGAGACACAAAUUGGCUGGUCCUCCAUGAACCAUGGCGAUGCAUUCAUCUUGGACACAGGGGUGGUUCUGUUUGUGUGGGUCGGCAAGGAAGCUAGCCGUACGGAGAGAAUCAAGGCGCUGGAACAUGCCCGUCAGUUGAGAGAUGAGAGAGGAAAAGCCAAUAUUGUUGUAGUAGAGGAUGAACAAGAGAAAGAAAUGACAAAAGAAGAAUUUGAGGAAUUUGACAAACACUUGCCUUUGAGUUCCAAAGAUCAGAUUAAAUCCAAAGAGGAGGGUGGAGCUGAUGAGGUUGCUGAGAGGAAGAGCAGCAGUGAGCUCAAACUCUACGUUUGUUCUGAAGAUGAGGGCACCCUGAAGGUCUCAGAGGUCAAGGGAGGACCUUUGUUGAAGGCUGAUCUGGAUUCAUCAGAAUCUUACAUCAUUGACAAUGGCAGCGCUGGUAUUUGGGCGUGGAUUGGGAAAAAAUCAUCCAAAAAGGAAAGAUCUGAGGCAAUGAGAAAUGCCCUGGGCUUCAUUAAGAAGAAGAACCUGCCCACCAGCACCAGUGUGACGCGGGUAGUGGAGGGAGGGGAGCCCUCAGAUUUCAAAUGUCUCUUCAGAGACUGGCCUCAGCCCCCCAUCACUGGCAAAGUCUACAGCAGAAACAGAGUCGCCAAAACUAUUCAGACUAAGUUUGAUGCCUCUACUCUUCACUCUAACCAACAACUGGCUGCCGAGACCCAGAUGUUUGAUGAUGGAUCCGGUCGCGUUGAGGUCUGGCGAGUGAAGGACUUUGAUCUGGAGCCCAUCCAUUCCCAGUACAUGGGCCAGUUCUUUGCUGGUGACUGCUACGUCAUUCAGUAUACGUACAAGGUGGCAGGGAAGGACAACCAUGUGAUCUACUACUGGCAGGGCCUCAAGUCCACCACCGACGAGAAAGGAACCUCCGCCCUGAAGGCCGUGGAACUGGACGAUAAGCUGGGAGGGGCUGCAGUUCAGGUUCGAGUUGUCCAAGGCAAAGAGCCAGCCCACUUCAUGUCUAUGUUUGAUGGAAAAAUGAUCAUUUUCUCCGGUGGACAUGCUGGCUGGGGAGGCCAGAACAACUCGGAUGGACCAGGAGACAGCUACAUGCUGCAGGUCAGAGGGACCAACCAACUCAACACCAAGGCUGUUCAGGUUGAAAUGGACGCUUCCUCUCUGAAUACUAAUGAUGUAUUUGUUAUUUUCACCAAAACUCAAGUGUUCAUCUGGUGUGGAAAGGGCAGCACAGGGGAUGAAAGAGAAAUGGCCAAGAAGGUCACAAGCAGAUCCCCAAGGGAACCAGUCAUGGUGUUUGAAGGUCAAGAGAAGGAAAACUUCUGGAAUGUUCUUGGAGGCAAGAAAGAGUAUGUCAAUGACAAGCGCCUACAGGAAGUGGAAACGAACCACCCAGCUCGCCUGUUCCAGAUGUCCAAUGCCUCUGGGCGGUUCACGGUGGACGAGAUCCCGGAUUUCACCCAGCAGGACCUGGUCAGUGAUGACGUGAUGAUUCUGGACGUCUGGGACACUGUCUACGUCUGGAUCGGAGAGGGCGCCAACAAGCAGGAGAGAGACGAGGCCGAACGACUGGCCAUUGAGUAUGUGAAAACAGACCCUGCAGGCCGGGACCCUGAUACCCCUGUAUACAAAGUCAAACAAGGCUACGAACCUCCCACCUUCACAGGCUUCUUUGGAAUGUGGGACAGAGAUCUCUGGAGUAAAGGAAAAUCAUUUGAAGAGCUGAAGAAAGAGCUUGGAGAAGGAAACGAGGCUAUGUCUCUUGUCAAGAAGGUAGCCGAGAAUGGCUCCAUGGAUUUCCAGGAUGUGGCCAAGUACAGCUAUGAUGAACUGACUGUUCCUGCCGAGGAACUGCCAGCAGGGGUUGAUCCAUCGUGUAGGGAGAUCCAUCUAAGCAAUGAAGACUUUGAAAAGGUUUUCAAGAUGAAAUACUCAGAUUUUAUCACCAAAGCACCUUGGAAACAGCAAGAGUUGAAGAAGAAGCACCGAUUGUUCUAGCUGAAUUUUAUAGUUAUAGUCAACUUAUCCCAUUGCUCAUUAUGUACGUAGUCUGUUGGCAUUACGCACCAGUUACUGUACCAAACGUUCAGAUGAAACAAAUCUGACACAGAUUAUUAUCAAAACCGUUUCUGUGUAUGCUUUUGUGGUGUUGCUGCAAUGUGUAAAGUGUAUGCACAUGUACUUGAAAAAAAAAAGACACUUUGAUUAUAAUUAAAUCCACAUUCACAAUUUCUUAAUUUAAACUAAAUUAAAUCCACCAUAUGCAUAUUCCAACUAGUUUAGGUUUUAUGGAAACAAGUGAUCAAUGAACAUGGUUGUCCAACUGUUAUUUACAAUUUUUUCGUACAAUUGUUAAGAUUUUAAAAUAAAUUUUUGGUAUUUAUCACUUUAUAUUUCAUAUCAAGGAUUGGGUUGUGAUUAAUUAUUUACAUAUUUUGUGUGACCAAAUAACUUCAGAACUUUAAGAUCUUGUUUGUUUAUUUUUUUUCCUGUUAGUAUAUGGAUCUGCUUGUUAGUUUAUUUUUGAUAUAUCUUUAAUAUGUUAUUUACUUUAAUAUUCCUUUUUUAAAAGUUGAUUAUAUUUUGUAUCCAUUAUUGGAUGCCUUUUCUCUUCAUUAUCAUGUUUGUUUGUUUACAUUUUUCUAAAGUUUAUUCAUAUUUCACAAUACAUAAUAAGUAAUAAUCAUAAUAUCGGGGUAUUUGUUGUAUAUUUUAAUCAAGAGUAUUAUAUUAUAGGUACAAGAUAUGAUAAUUAAAAAAAAUAUGCAUUGUUACUGUUAUAGACAACUAUUAAAAUAUUUACAGAAAAAACCUGAGGAGGAUUCUUUUGAGAAAGACUGUUAUAUGUACAUGAAUAUUGUUAGUGUUCAGGGUAAAAUUUACUGAGUACAAUACAUCAAAUGCCUCUCUACAUAUUCAAUAGUGCGAUUGUCUCAUUGGUCUAAAUCUAGCAUGUUGCUUGUGUAUGGAUCUGCCAAGUGUCUUCCAGAAAUGUAAUCCAUUCAUAUCUUGUUUAAUAAAGCAUUCCAUAUACAUGUACAUGCAAAUUAUACAUGUAAAUUACAAUGCCUGCAAAUGUUUUCCCAUCUACAUUCCUUGUAAUGAAUGAAGUGACAACUUCCCAUUAUAUUUUGUUUCCAUACCUGUUGGUAGGAGAUGAGUGCUGCAUAGAAAGCAAUACAUUCCUUUUGAUAUACACCUGUAUGUAGUCUGUGCAAUUCAUUUUCUUAGAUCUUUUAGAGUGCAAUGUAAGCUAUUUUAGGGGUUCCAUUCCAAAUAAUAUAUAUGAAGAUUGUAGCCAUCAAAUUGUGGGGUUGGUAGAUUUCUGAUCAAUAUCUUUAUAACCAGAUUUUUUUUUGUACUAGAUCUGUAUAUGUAGUUUCACUUUGUCUCUGUCAUUUUACAGACAAUUAUGUGUUGAACUUCUUAUAUAAAUGUCUAUUACCUAUG